CUGAUCACAUCAGCAGUAUGAAGACCCAUCUCUACCUUCUCUUGCUGGCUGCAGGCAUCUCUGCUGCUCCCCAGAUGAGCAGCAUGGCUGAAUUACUGACACUACUACAGCAAAUGUAUGAGGUGAUGACAAAGGACAUUCAGAAUCUGAGGAUUGAAACUCCCAACAAUAUAGAUGAUGUGAAUUGUAUCAGCACAAUCUUCGAAGGAACAGAACAGCUGAAAAAUAAUACAGCUAUGAAAAAAUUCAAUGCUUUUUUCCAGAAUUUUGAAAGACUGAAGCAAUGGCUCAUGCCAAACCUGGCAAAAGAGGGGAAAUGUGAUACAGAAAGAAGGAACGCAACACUAUUUAUAAAAAAGCUGAUGGCAUUCAUCCGAAAACUGUUAAAACCCACGAGACUGGAGAGUUAGAAGUUUCUAAAAUUGCUGUAAAUUUAUAAGAGCAGUAAAAUCUUUCCUUGUUUAAGAAGUGUUCCUCCUUUGCAUUAAAGUUUGGCAGGGCACACCUUCAGUUUCAGUGGUACUGCACUGGUUCCUGUUUGGCAUCUCAAAGUAUGAGGUGGCAAAAUGGCAAUUUGUAUUUUGAGACAAACAUUUAAAUGCUUGAUAAACCAAAUCAUGCAGGGGGUUACAGAAGGACCUGACUAGGAAUAAAAUCUCUGUUUCUCAUGAAGAGUUAAUUUCUGAGUGCCAGGAAGACUGAGCAGGGGUGGGUGUGAGCAGGAGCAGCUGGCUCACAGCAUACCCAUCAUCCCAGCAGCCCUGGCCCCAGUGUCCUUGCUGUGCCAUCAGCCCCGAGUGACAGAGGGUGCAGGAUGUGGAUAUUGUCCCCUCUGC